AACACAUGUUGAGGAAACUGUCUACCGAACUACUUUACUCAAGUCACAGUCGUAUGACUGCAUCUCGGAUUUUACCAGCUGUCAUAAACAACAACAACACAUCAUGUCGUCAUGCCAGCUCAUCUCAAAAGCCAAAAACAGGAAUACUUAUGCUAAAUAUGGGUGGACCAGAGAAGCUAGCAGAUGUGGAGGGCUUUCUUACUAAUUUAUUCCUGGACCGGGACUUGAUGACCUUGCCAGCACAGAACGUACUGGCUCCACGGAUAGCUAAGCGACGCACCCCCAAGAUUCAAGAGCAGUAUAAAGAGAUAGGAGGGGGUUCUCCAAUCAAACGCUGGACAGAGACACAAGGCAAGGGCAUGGUGGAAAUCCUGGACCGUAUCUGUCCUGAAUCUGCUCCACACAAAUUUUACGUUGGUUUCCGUUAUGUAAAUCCUCUGACAGAAGAUGCCAUUGAUCAGAUGGAGAGUGAUGGUAUAGAGCGAGGGGUUGUCUUCACACAAUACCCACAAUACAGCUGUUCUACAACAGGAAGUAGUAUCAAUGCUUUCUACAGACACUAUGCCUCUAGAGGAGUUCCUAGUAAUAUCAGAUGGAGUGCCAUAGACAGAUGGCCUACACAUCCAGGAUUAGUACAGGCCUUUGCUGAAAAUAUACAAAAACAGCUAGAUAGAUUUCCAAAGGAGGACAAAGACAAAGUGGUCAUCUUGUUUUCUGCUCACUCCUUACCACUGAUGGUAGUGAACAGAGGGGAUCCUUACCCAGCUGAGGUUGCUGCCACAGUCAGUCGUGUGAUGGAGGCCCUCGGGUACUGUAAUCCUUACAGACUAGUCUGGCAGUCUAAAGUGGGUCCAUUACAAUGGUUAAGUCCCCAGACAGAUGUUGCCAUAGAAGGUCUGGCUCAGCGGGGUCAGAAAAACAUACUACUCGUCCCCAUCGCUUUUACCAGUGACCACAUAGAGACGCUGUUUGAACUAGAUCUGGAGUAUGGCACAGAACUUAGUGCUAAGCAUGGUAUCACCAUCAAGAGAGCUGACGCCAUGAAUGGUAGUCCUACCUUUAUACAGGCACUGGCUGACCUAGUGAAGAACCAUCUUGCCUCAAACCAGUCCUGCAGCAAGCAGCUGCCACUUCGCUGUCCGAUGUGUACUAAUGCCACUUGUGGAAAGGCUAAGGAGUUUUUUGUUAAACAACAACAACUUCUGGACAUGGGUGUGAGCAGCACAGAAACAGUGCAUGUGACUGCCUGACUUGUCUGAUAGGUUCUGUGUGAUUGUGAAUGUAUGUUUGAAGUUCUACAGAUCUCUUACACUUAUCUGUUCCUCAGGAGUGAAAAUGUUGUCAGAUAUUUAACAAGUUUCAAUGUGAUACUCAUUAUCGGAGAGAGUUUAAAAUUUAUUUUGUGCAGCGAAGAAAGUGAACAUGAGAAGCGUAUGAUUGUAAGCUCCAGUCAAGCUUUUCUUGUAGUACGUUAAACGGUUAUCACAUACAUACCAGUAUGGUAUACUGUUAACUUCUACUCCUAUUACAGUCAAACUUUGAUGUUUCGCAGUUCAAGGAACUACCAAAUAACCUUUAGCUUUCGGUCUGUGAAAAACUUUGAUAAUCGAAAAGUUCGAUUUAUAAAACUUUGAUAAUCGAAAAGUUCGAUUUAUAAAACUUUGAUAAUCGAAAAGUUCGAUUUAUAAAACUUUGAUAAUCGGAAAGUUCGAUUUAUAAAACUUUGAUAAUCGAAAAGUUGGAUUUAUAAAACUUUGAUAAUCGAAAAGUUCGAUUUAUAAAACUUUGAUAUUCGAAAAGUUAGAUUUAUAAAACUUUGAUUCAUAAAGGGGUAAAUUAGAAGUAAAACAAACAAUUUUGAUAUAUUAAGAAAUUUGAAUGAUCAAAGUUCGAUUCAUAGAAGUUUGACUGUAUUGAGUGUCCUUGUAAGCAUGGUGUAUAUAUCACCAACUUGAGCUGAUUUGAUUCCUUAUUCAGAAGUAAUGAGGAACAUUGAUAUUUAUGUUAAGAUGGCAUUUUUCUUAUUUUCUUUUUUGUUUGUCAUACUGUUUUCAAGUUUAUCAUGUCAUUAUUUUGCUGUGUUGAUGGUAUUAUGAUUAAGCAGGACUGUAGAAGGUCAGAGGUCAGAUACAGCAUUGUAACAGGAAAGCUUACAGAUCAGUCUGUAGCAUGUUACCCUGAUCAGAGCAUCAUAAAUGUAAGGAAAAUGUUUUCAUUUGUAACAUGUAAACAUUUUAUUUUCCGAAAUUUGAUACAUAAUUUAAAAAAAAAAUUAUUUUUCUUUUUAAAAUACUUUCAAAACAAGCAGUUAACUCAUAUUAAUCCCUCUCAAUUAUCCAUAUUACAACAAUUUGAAUGACAACCAAUGAAAAAUAGUACAAUCCAGGGUCAGGUCAAGAACAUAUUUUGAGUGUUUUCCCAUGGAAAUUAUGCCGAGAAGUUAAGGCAUCUUUCUGUCUUUAUCACUAGCCCUCAACCUCUGGGGUUUAGGUUCCAUACCUUCACGGGGCUUGCCAGGUAGGCCCACAGUCAGUGCUCUAGGAACACUGGCUUUCCUUCACCAUCUAAACCUUAAAAGACCCUGGUUGCUUAUACCAUAUAAAGAAACAAUAAGGGAGAUAAUUCAACAAAAUCUAGAAAUACAAAAGAUAUUGUGGUGUGAAAACAGAGGGUCAGUGUACCAGGUACAUAACGGAGUAUAUGGCCUCUCAACCAGCCGAUGGAACACACUGAUUAUCACACUUAAGAAGAACAGGUUCAGGUAUGUAUCGGUACUCGGCAGGAGUUUGGUUUUUUUUCCAGUUGUUUGUAGUGCAGUAGGAUGAAAGUCGGAAAAGAUUAAAAUUAGAUUGAUCAUCAUUAUGUUGGAGUAGUGAUGUAGUGUUAAGGACAGAGCAUCACAGUCUUGUAGGAGGUGUUCUGGUAACAGUUUUGUAGUCACGUGAUAUUACAUUUACUUAGUGGUGCUGGAGUAGAGACAAAAUCAUCCUCAAUUAUUAUACGGAUCAUAAUAGUGCUAUAACGCAUUACUUUAUUGAUUAAAAUCUAACAUGUUUUAAAUAAAUUAUUUACAAUUC